UCGGUUCCGGGUGCGAGUAGCUGUGGGAGCGGGCGGGAAGCGGCGGUGGGAGCGGGCAGGAGACGGGCCGGGCCGGGCACCCGCCAUGUGAGAGACCCUGACAGCUCCAGGUGUGCACAGCAUACAGCUCUGGAUUUGUUUUAUAAUAAAACAAAGUUGAGAGUGAAUUUGGAGCAAGCCUGAACGGUCUCAGAAACGUCGCUGUGGGAGAGCCCGGUUGCCAGCAAGGAAAGGUGGCGCGGGACAAGCUGCGCUGCAGGUGGCACAUGUCACCGAAUCCUCAACGUUUGGAAUCAGAACGUGCCUGUGCUUCAUUGCCUGUUCAAUGAGAGCUACAAAGCGCUUAGUCUAUCAGAAAUAACAGACUGGGAAAAUACUAUGAAAAUGUGUUCUUCAGAGCUACUUUAAAUCUACCACAAAAAAUGUUGCUGGGAUCUAGAGAGCGUAGCUUCUUCGUUGCUUAAAAGAAACACUGGAGCCAAAAAGUUAUGAUUUGAUAACUUUAAAAAAAAAAAAAAAAGUAGACCAGUUAAAACGCAUAGUAAUAACCAAGUAUUACUUUGGUAGCAAAUAACUUAUUAUUGUAAUAGUAGAAGCUGCAAAAGCCCUGUCCCCCCUCCUUUCCUUCCCCACUUCUUAAAAGUUCUGGGUGUUUGAAUAUUGCAAGUUUCAUCCUAUCAGUUGUGGGGUUUUUAUGCUGAUAGUGGGUUCUCAAAGCAUAUGUCUCAAAUAUUCAGAAAAUGUGGACAGUAACUAUUUAGGAUUACAUAAUAGGCAUGUUACGAAAUUUGUGCACAAAAUAGAUGUUUGUCAUCAUUGUAAGAUCUUGCUGAUUUAAAGUGUAUGUAUCAUAAAUAUGCCCCCUUUUUUUAUUUGUCUGUCACAGUGCUUUUGCUGAUCUUGGCUAUCUCCAGUUUGCCUUCUAGUAACUUUUCUUUUCUGCAUUCAGAAAUAGAUACAUACCUGUAACUGCUUUUGUAGUAACGUGGCUGCUAGAGCCAAAAUUUAGAGGUUAUUUGUAUUGAGGUUUCUAAUCGUUGGGUGGAAGUAUGUUUAUGCAUCAAUAGUUGUUUCAUUUUCACUCUUUUAAUCACUUCCAUACAGGCAAGCAAUUGUGAGGAAGACAGUUUGAGAAUAAGGGAUGAAGGUGGCCCUUGGACUUCAGUUUCACAACUGCUUUCUUUGGAUAUUUGCUCAAAUAAGAGGCUCCUGCGUUUUUUCUAUGAAAUGCUAAAUAUGCAAUUCCAAUAACUUCCCUGCUGCACCAUAGUAAGGAUUGAGAAUAGGUUUGUAGGGUUAGCAAUAUUAGCAUGUGUGUAUGUAUAUACAUACAUAUAAAUUAAUUUGUUUUAAUUUUGAUGUUAAAAUCUUCCACUCCUGCAAGUGGUUUUCUAUUCAUCAUGUUUUGAAUGUUGGUGAGGUAAAAAUCAAUCCUUUUCAAUUUUUGUUAGCUAAAAGCAUAGGAGUUUAAUGUGUUUCUCACCCAUGCAAAUGAUGGGAUUGUGUUCUCUGACACUUCAGCAGGGCUUGCCUGACAGACACAAGCUUUACUCUUGAUUUUGCUGUAGAUGUUAAGUACUUUGAGUAGAGUAUCGCCUCUCUGUCUGCAGAGGAGGAAUAACAACACUGACUUUCACUGUGGUGUUCCGAUAUCUACUGAUGAAAGUGUGCGAGAGCUAAGUUUUGUAGUAACUACGUGUCAGCCUGUGCUAACUGGCUUCACUUUCUGAGGAAACUGGGGGAUUCCUGCAUUUUUAUGAGGUAAUGUAGUGAGGUGUUUAAAUUAUUGUGUAGUUUCCACUACUAUAACAGAUUCUGUAUUAUAGUCUAAAAUAGAAGUGAAGCAGACUCAUUUCCAAAGAUGUUUUCUGAAGAGUAACAAGACACGUUCACCUUUUUAUUGUAUGCUUUACUACAGAUAAUUCACUAUUUCAAGUUUUGGCCAAACUGUCUGUAUUUCCUUUGAUUCUAGUGGGCAUUUAAGCUUAGGUCAGACUUUCCCAAGACUUAAGACAGCUUGUGAAUUAUGUCUAUAGAAUGAUUUGUGAAUGGUUAACAUUUGGAGGAAUGAGGAUUUGAAAUCCUGUUUUGUUAGGAAAUAAACUAUUGUUUCCAUAGCCAGGUAGUUUUGAGAGACACGGUCGUUUCUGUAAGAUUGCAUUGCUCUGUUACUGGCCUACUGGAAAAGUAGAUCGGUUCUCAUUUAGGGUUUGGGGUUUUUUUGGAUGGAUUUUCUGUAGACUGUUCAAAAUGCUACUGAACUCAACAAAAGUAUGGGCAGGGAGUUUAUAUGUAAACACAGGCUUGUGCUAGCUGUUUUAAAUCAUACUGGCAGUUUUAUUUACCUGUUAGAGGCAAAUUUAACAGAAUGAUGAGUUGAACUGAGCUGGAAAGAGUUUUGAGAUUGCUGUAAGUGUAAAAGAUGCCAAAAGAUUCUAUUGGAGAAGCUGCAAACAAAACAAAACUUCAUGCUACAACAGAAGUAUUAACAGAAUUUUCUGUUAUUCUGUAGCGUCUCUUAGGAUCCGUGUAUCAACUCUUUGUUAAACUUCCAUCUGAGCCCAUGACAGUUUAUUUAUCCUGAGACUCCAAAUUUUCACGUUUAUAUGCAGCAUUUUCUCUAGUUGUACUCUCCAGUGUGUCGAAGUUUAAAUAUGUUCUAAUGAGUUUAAAAACAAGUAAUACAAAUCAACCUAAGCAAAGAUUGUUGUUUGAGUUAUUCUUCUAUGGAUAAUAAUGCUUCUAGAAUUCAGCUUUGUAAUUCUCUGGAAACCAAGAGUCCACAAAGGAAGAGUAUAAGUAAUAGUGAUUUAGGAAAUUAUCUUGUUGGACAUGACAAAUACUUGAGCAGUGAAGUCCAUACUUGUUUGAUGUUAUAUUCAAGGGAAGCUUUGAAAGAAAAUGGAUGAAACUGUCACUUUAUGUGUUCAAGGAGAUUCUUGCAAUUUUACCGCCAAUCUUAAAGCCUAUUGCUAUGUGUCAUUAAUUUCUUUGGUUUUAGUUAACAGUCAUGUGCAUGUGAAUUACUGCUACGAGAUUAAGAUGUAGGUGACCAAAUUCAAAAAGAGUAAAGUUUUCAGUUUUUUACUUACUGUUGUGCUCUGAUUUAUGUGAUGUUAUGUUAAAAGAGCUUUUAAAUGUUAGUUCUAUGUAGUGCCGUCAGUUUAGAAAAAUCUAGUUAGUACACAAAGACUUAUUUUAUAUAUCACUUCCAUUAAGCUCCAGUUGUUCUCUUAAGUAUCAAGUAGAAACAUUUCCCCCAGUCAUCUUUUCUGUGGUUUAAAGGAGCUGUUUUCAAUUUGUAAAUAUAUAUGUCCAUGAAUGUCUAUCAUUUUAGUGCAUAAAUUACAUGGAGAAGUGUGUCAUUAGGUAUAUUUUCCGUCACCAGGAGGAUGCCUCUGGCAGUGUGUUGUAUAGACCGCAAAAUAGACUGCGUGAAUGAGCUGAAAAUACACAAGGCUCUACUUUUAUUAUUUUUUGUGUGUUUAUGAAAAAGACUCUAGUGCAAUUGAUCUAUAUUAAAAAAGAGUAGUAUCUGAUUAUCUCACUUGAGAUAAACAGGAAAUAAUUUAGUCUCCUUCAUGAUCUUUAAGGGCUGGAGAGUUCUUAAGAAAAUGGCUGCUUGAAUUUAGGAAGAACUGAUGCAAAAAACCAGCACUACAUAUCUACAUAGUACUGCUUAUAUUAUUGUAAGUGUGUUGUAGUUCUGCACAAAAUUAUCUCAAUUGUUGGGAAAGUAGCAUUUUUUUCUUUUGGUUUGUUGUUUUUGGGGGUUUUUUUAAUGACUACAAUAUUAAAAUAUGUUUUCUAGCUGUAGAGAAGCUUACCAUACUUCAGGGGCCAGAUUUUUAGUGAAGCAGCAGUGCUGUGUGUCAUCACGCUAUGUGAGGCCAUCCGAGGGUACUGUGUCUUGACUCUUAAAAGAUAAUAUAAUUCUUUACUCUUAUGAGAGGUGUAAACUGGUAAAAAAUUAUAUGAUCAGUUUCUUCCCUGUUUUCAGAGAUUAUUUAAAUUGGACUGUCUUAGAAAUGCCCUUAGACUGCAACAGAUCUGAUUGUAGUCUUAAUUUGGUACAACUAGCAUUAAUUACUGCGGCUGCUGUAAUCUGAACACUAAGGCAAGUGCAGACUGAAAGGAGCGUGAGGAAGAUUUUUGCCCUAAAACUUCCAUGAUCACAGCUGAUAGGAUUACAUUGCUAGGCUAAAAAAUCUCUUGAAUGAUAAUACAUUUUUGCAGUGAUGGUGCAGUAACUACUGAAUCCUACAAAAUGCAAGGGAGGAGUGCACUGAUUUAUAAAUAUGCCUGUUUCCUUUCUUGCUUUUUCUGUGUUCUGAGUAGUAAUGCAUGGAGUAUCUGUUCCUGGUGUCAUGGAGCACUUUUUUUUGUUUCAGUCUUAAUAUUCAUUAUGACCAUCCUAACUUUUCUAUGUAUUUCUGUUUUCAGACACAUGCUACAGCAGUAAUCAUUUAUCAUGUGUGUUUUUUCCCCAAGGAACCCACGUUGCUGAGCUAACUAAAGAAAAUGCAAGGGAUCUUUUCUCACACCUUUGUGUGAGUUAAAAUGAGCAUAAUUUUAUCAUGCAUGUGUCUACGAGAACAGCAAAUCAUACAUUAGUGAGUGAAUGAAAUUAAACAGGUGCAGACUUAGAAGCAGAAACUAAUACGACAUUGGCAGACACACAGCUUCGUGUUGUAGUUAUAUGAUGCUUCCCUGCUGCUACUAUAUGAUGUCAGUAAAAUUAAAUACCAAAUGUGUUUUGUCACCAUCUAUUCUUGUUUUUUAAGUGAAAUAAGAGCUUUCAUAGAACAUAAUUUUUAAAGUAAGUUUCUUCUGAAAUCUAAUGAGAAAUGUUAAAUGCAUAUCACUCUCAUGUUCACAGGUUACUUCAAUGAACACUUUUGUUUGAAGACAUAGGGCAGCGAUCCACUACUAGUAAACUCGUACUAUGGUCUGCGUUUGCUGUAUAAGACCCUGAUGAAUAAAUGUAAUACAGACGCAAAGAGAACUGAUAUGAUGCUUUUGAGUGUGACUGGAUCAUCUCCUACAGAAAUAGACAGGAGGCUCAACACAGAGCCCUGCUAAGACUUAGUGAACUUAGUUCUGGGCAGUGCUUUAAAAUCAGAAAGCUUUCAGCCAAUGUCUUGGACACAUAAUAUCUGUGAAAAACUGAAGCACUUUCAUCUACUUACUCGCAGGAGAGUUGAGAGAGGACCUAUUCAUAGACAGGUGCCCAGAGGUGAACUUAAAUUUUACAGGACUUUAACGUAACAUUACACUAUCCCACAAUCAGGGGAGCAAGCCAAAGCAAGACAAAAUGCAUUACUUUUUAACAGUGAGAGUUCCUAACAUUGCUAUGAGUUGUCUUGGUUCUCACUACCUCCCAAAUGGUUGAGUCUGUAUAAUACAAAUAAAACUGUCUUCAUUCUGAACUACUAUACUGUGGUCCUGGACCUAAAGAACACAGGUUACUUCUGUAUGUGCUGAAAUAUGGAAGGUGCUGGACGUGACUUCUGAAUACACAUUAAUUAUUUUUUUCUUCACCUCUGCUAAUUCUGUGUUGUGAUGUAAAUUAGUUAUAUUCUUACUGCUCCGGGAAGCAGAUCUUCCUUAUGACUGUCUGGUUAACUGUAGUGAUCAUUUUUUUCUUCAGAGCAUACAGUGGAUGUGUCCAAAGUUAAUUUGUGUUUUAGAGUACCUUUCUGCUUCGGUUUAAUGCUACUCACCUCACCCCAAAAGAGAAGAGGUUAGGGAGACACAUUUCAAUUCGGAGAAAGCUGUUAAAAAAUAGGGCAUUUCUAAUUAGCUUUUUCAAACUGUAGUGAUCUCCCAGGACUGUUUCAGAAAUACUUCAACCAUAAAUCAUAAAGUCUUGAAAGAACUACUGGCCUGCCAGCACUGAUGAAUAAUUGAGUAUUGUUAUGGUACAGUACCCCACUGAACAGUAUUUUGGUUAAUUCUACUGGAAUUUGAUUAUGGAACUGCUAACUUGAUUCUGUAUACAAAUAAAAUAAAACCUUCUUGUGUAUGGGAAUAUAACCUAAAGAUUACUUUUAUUUUCUAGAUAGUGACAUUGGGGAUUUAUGUGAAUAAAUAAGAUCGUUCUUCUAAUCAUUAUUCAUCAAUAAAACAUUGGUAGUGGUGCCUGCUUCUCUGACAUGUGUAAUGCCCAGAUUUUUCCCCGGGUCUUGCCUUCCCAAAUCGAUGCAAGAAAGUGGGGGAGCCUGGUACUAAACCCAGCAAAAUUACUGCAGUCUGCGCUGUUCCUGCUACAGUCCCGCCUACUCCUGAAUGUGGUGUUCAUUGGCAACCUCGUCAGUUCCAGGACCUUUUCAGCUAGAGAUUGCAGAGUUUGGCUGAAAGCGAAAGAAGGUUCCCCUUCUGUCAAGUGCUGCUGCUGUUCAAAAUUUUUGUUAUUUAACCCCAGCUUUCUACCGAUGUUUUCAAGAUCACAGGAAGCAUGCAUCUUCAAGGAAGAAACUAAGGUGGAAAAGUAGUCACAAGUGCGUGCUGUAGCUUGUUCACUUUCUUUUUUUAAGAGCAGAUGGGUAUAGAAACUCAUUGUCCUUAAUUCAUUCCUUCUGUCUGGACUAGUGCUAGCGGUGACAGUUUGUAUUUUAAUAUUUUGUCUUAAGUUCUCCAUUUUGUUGAGUAGGAGCCCCUAGGGAAAUACAGGGCAAGGAAGAAGGCUGCUUUCUAUAAAUGACAAACUUUCUGUACGUUCUAGACACAAACCCCUGAGUCUUUCUGAUGGGAUUUGUGUGAGGCUUGACCAAGAUCUGGUUCCUUAGUUCAAGGAUCUGAAAUGAUGCAGGAACAACAAAUCAUUGCUGCUGGGGACUGGUCUUUUAGUUUGUACGCAGUCCUCAGCCUAGGUAACGUGUCACUUCAGGUCAACAAAAGCUCUUCCUCCACUUAGCAAGGAGAAGCUUAAUCAGGGAUGUUUUCGUGUUGCAUCUGUGCAUAGUUCAUAAGCCCCACAAAUUAAAGGUAAUGACCUAUGUUGGGUUUUUAAGGAAGCCUACUGCCCUGUUAAAUGAGAGUGAAGUUGGCAAACAUGGGGAGACUUCUGUCUUCCCCAUGGAGUGGAUGUAUCUGCUAGGGACUGGAACAGUGGUCCUCUGCACAACAUGCAGGGAUGCUCAGAGUAACAAGGGUAAACCCCACUGUUCAGUUGGGGUUGGUUUGUGUAAUACUUGAUUUCUGACCUAUGUCUGACUUGCAUCAGCUCACAAGCUCCAAAUCAUUUUGUAGCUUUGUUCGCUGAAUAAAAACUGUCCUGCCAAAGCUAUCUUUGUAUACAUGGCUGCGGUCUUACCACUUUCUGGUUUAUUCCUUUUCUCCUUCAUCAGAGAAAAGAACAUACAAAAUGUCUUUUCCCCUGCUUUUACGUAACAACUAUAAAAUCUCAAGUGAAGUCUGAUUUGCCCAUUUUAAUCUAUGACACAUCGGUAAUUUACAGAACAUGUUUAGCAACUCUGAUAACCUUUUGAAUGCUCUGUGAGAGUUUUUGACAGUUCUCUAGAUCAGACAUAUUAGUCAAGUCAGGAAGCUGGCUGUCCUGGUUCUCUGCUGAAGAGACGCUCCAUUUGUGAAGAUUAUGAAUGUUAGUUUUGAGCGACAGCUGAUACAGCUCCAUUUCUUCCUUGUAGAGGCUUUUUAUCAUAUUCCUGCCUGUUGAUUUUGUUUUUAGAGUGCCUGAAUUUUCAUAAUUUGAUUUAAAUUGUUCAUGUGUCCCAUUACAGCAUGUAACAUAAGACAUAAAUAGGAAAAAAAAAUAAUCCACUAGUAUGUUGUGAUACAUUGGACAUGCUUCCUGCAUCAGAAGUCAAUGGAUGAUGUUGAGAUCAGUUUGUUCAAUUGGAAAAGCAGGUAUGGUGGCAAUACUAUGUGUUUGGACUUCUACAUUAAUAAGAACAAGGAUAGCAAUAAAAGACUGCAGAUUCUUGGGCACUUAAUUGGGGGCCCAGUCUUGGAAAUGUAAGGUGAUGUCUGCUACAGAUAGACACUCUCAAGGGGGCAAGUGUGUGUGUGUUUUAUAAUACUCUGAAAAACCGGUAAACUGUUUUUCUUUAGAUCUUGUCUUGAAAUGUAUACGCUUCUCUAUAGCCUCUCGGAACAUCCUUUCCCUGAGUAUCAGGCAAGUUUGAGUUACCUACCCAUGGCUUUUGAGUUAGGUUAGAAUUUAAAUGUCAGAUCACUUCCGCUAGGAAACCACUGCUGUGUCAGAUGAGCUUCAAAGUUCACAUCAUGGUUUAUAAAAAAACCCCAAAACCUAAAAUCACUAAAGGAAAAAAAAAAUGAAAGUCUGUGGGUGGCUCUAAUGCUUUUCCUUCAAAUGCUGCCUCCCGUUGAUGCAAAUUCAAUAUUAUCUGGGAACCUCUGACACACUGGGUAAAUAGUUUGGAAUUGAGUCCACGAUUAAAAUGUUUCCUUUCACUAGGUUUUCCUUAUUUUGUGAUGUGAAUAUUGAAAGAUUGAUUUUUACUUUUUAAAAAUAAUGAUGGAGAUUGUUUUCUAAGAAGGUAAAUGUUUAAACAGAAAUGUCAUUGGUGUAGUAUAUUCAUUGCCUCUGAAAUCAGUUUGACUUAUCUAGGCCUAAGGAAUGGUGGGUUUUUUAAAUAUUUGUGUGUGUGUAUGCAGACACACAUGCACACAUAUGUGCCUGUGGCUUUCCUUUGGCAGGUUUUUCAAACUUGAUGAAGCACCUUCCACAGAUCAUUCUUGGGCAAUUUAACAAUGCAGUUUCCUGCAAGUGUCAAUGUAUUAUCUGGCUUGAACACCUACGAAAGAUUCUGAAGCUUUUAAAUUGUCUAGUGACUAUGAAAUUACUCUUUUGGGAGGGUGGGUGUAUGUCUGCAGUUCUUACCAGAAACUGGACUUAGACCGUCCCAGGGAGUCUGUGAUGUAUUAUAAGCAAUUGAAUUGUGACUGUUGCAGAGGGAUAAUUCAAAUUACAGAAAUGCAAGAAAUGGGUAGAUUCUCUUGUAACGCACCUUAAACAGAUCUGGUGAUUUAACUUCAGCAGGUGCAAGCAUUUAUUUUUGAAAUGGAAAACUCUGUAUUCACUCUCAGUUGUAAAUCUUCUCAUUUUUCUUUCAGAUUACUCUUUACAUCAGUAGAAAUGGACAGCAGCAGUUUCAUUCAGUUUGAUGUGCCCGAGUACAGCAACACUGUUCUGAGCCAGUUAAAUGAACUCCGCUUGCAAGGAAAGCUAUGUGACAUAAUUGUGCAUAUUCAGGGUCAGCCAUUUCGAGCCCAUAAAGCUGUCUUAGCUGCCAGUUCUCCGUAUUUCCGUGACCAUUCAGCAUUAAGCACCAUGAGUGGCUUAUCAAUAUCAGUUAUUAAAAAUCCCAAUGUUUUUGAACAGUUGCUUUCUUUUUGUUACACUGGAAGGAUGUCCUUACAGCUGAAGGAUGUUGUUAGUUUUCUAACUGCAGCUAGCUUUCUACAGAUGCAGUGCGUCAUUGAUAAGUGCACACAGAUAUUGGAGAGUAUUCAUUCAAAGAUCAGUGUUGGUGAUGUUGACUCUGUCACUGUUGGUGCUGAAGAAAAUUCAGAAAAUCGCAAUGGAGUUAAAGACAGCAGCUACUUUGCCAAUCCUAUUGAGAUAUCUCCCCCCUAUUGCUCUCAGGUGCGACAGUCAACAGCAGGCAGCGAUCUUAGGAUGGAAACUACUCCAGGCAAAACUCUACGUAGUCGUCUGCAAGAAGAAGGGCAUUCAGAUCGAGGAAGCAGUGGGAGUAUCUCUGAAUAUGAGAUUCAGAUUGAAGGUGAUCAUGAGCAAGGAGACUUGAUAGUAAGGGAAAGUCAGAUUGCAGAGGUGAAAGUUAAAAUGGAGAAGUCUGACAGGCCAAGCUGCUCUGAUAGCUCUUCCCUUGGUGAUGAUGGAUAUCAUACUGAAAUGGUGGAUGGAGAGCAAGUGGUGGCAGUAAAUGUUGGUUCCUAUGGGUCUGUCUUACAACAUGUUUAUUCGUUUACCCAUGCCUCAUCACAGGCUACAGGUGUGUCUGAAACCUUCGGAAGCCUGAGCAAUACGAGUCCUUCGAGGUCAAUGCUGAGCUGUUUCAGAGGGGGUCGCGCACGCCAAAAACGGGUAUCCACUGGUCACUUGCAUAGUGAUGUUCAGGGCUUGGUGCAAGGGGCUGACAGCGAAUCCAUGGUGAGUAACCCAGGAUAUGAAAACAGUCCACGGGAAAGAAAUACAAGAGGUCAUUGGUACCCAUACAAUGAGAGGCUAAUUUGUAUUUACUGUGGGAAGUCCUUCAACCAGAAAGGGAGCCUUGAUCGACACAUGCGAUUGCACAUGGGAAUAACUCCUUUUGUGUGCAAGUUUUGUGGGAAGAAAUAUACCCGCAAGGACCAACUUGAGUAUCAUAUUCGUGGUCACACAGAUGACAAGCCCUUUCGCUGUGAGAUCUGUGGAAAAUGUUUUCCUUUCCAGGGUACACUAAACCAGCAUUUGCGAAAAAACCACCCUGGGGUAACAGAAGUAAGAAACAGGGUAGAGUCUCCAGACAGAACAGAAGCAUUUGUGGAACAGAAAGUAGAUAAUGAUGCUUCAGCUUCUGAAGCUAUGGAUUCUAGUAUGGAAAUUCAUGCAAUGUCUAACACAUCUGAUUAAAAUACUACAUUCUAAGUGCAACACAAACAAGCACAUUACUAAUGUAUUUUUUAAAUAUUUUAUUCUUUUAGUAAUCUUCAGUACAAGUAUAACAGCCUUUUAAUUUUCCCAACCUUCUGGAAAUCAGUUUGAAAUGGUUUCUGGAGAAGACUACAUAAGUAUUCUUGAGGCUGGGUUGUUUGUUUUGUUGUGGUUUUUUUUCCCCCACUUUUGAAGAUGCUCAAAAUACAAGACAGUGUGCUGGGGAAAGGAUAGGAAGAGUCUGCUGAAGUGUCCCUACGGGUUGAUCUGGCAAGACACAAAUUCCAGUGGAGAAAGAUAUUAGAAUAAGAUUGGCAGCUCUGCUGGAUACACAAAGAAGCUGUAAUUUUCCUUAUUUUAUUUGUUAAGUCCUGUUGCUGGUAAUGAGUUGCACAGCAGUGGGGAGAGAGAAUAUUAUAGCUUUGAUUCCUUCUGUGUGUCACGAUGAAAUCUGUUUGCUUUUACUAACUGUUUUUGGUAGUUAGUCUGUUUAUAUAUAUAAAUUUGCUUUAUAUAUAUAAAAUGCUUUCACUUUUCCUAUUCUGGUUGAGGUGAACGUAAAAGUAUGUCAAGGUUUAUACAUGUACCACUCUUUCAACUGCUAGGUCUCCUCUCUGCUUAGGAUUUAGGACUUCAGACUUCGGGAGGAUGGUUUUGGUUUUAAAAGAAUGUUGUUUGGUUUUCAUUUUCUUAAACUAUUACUUUGUGUGCAAAAGUGAGCAAAGUGAAUUAUCUUUUUUUAAUAGCUUUGCUUUAUAACAUAUGUAAACCAAAUGCCAUAAAUCUAUUAAAUUAUGGUUAAAUUGUUGAGGGGUUUUGUUGUCUAGAAUGCAAGCUGGACAACCUGUGGUGCUGACCUUUUUAUAUAUAUAGAGAUAGAUAUAUAUAUAUAUAUAAAAAAAAAAUAUUAGCAAACCUAAAAGUAGCAUUGUGGUUUUAAGUGUGUUUUUACUGGCCUCAGAAUCUACCUUCAUUUCGUACUGUAGAACCAUACCAGGUAAUUAAAUUUAACUUCAUCACUCUUCAUGGUUGGUUAAAACCUGAGAGAGAUGAUGUAGUUUAAACUACAGUAUUUCCAAGCAGUGUUUUAAUAGGUCUCUUCACAGAGAGCUGUUUUCAGGUGCACAUUGACUUCCUACUUAAAGCUCCAAGUGAUAUGUCAGCACUUGGAAUUUGUACUUUUUUUUGUAUUAAAAAAAAAAAAAAACCAACAAAUACUCUAUGGGAAUUUCGAGCAAUAUGUCUGUUAUUUCUUGUGUGAGUAUUACAGAGUUGCUAUGGCUUCCCUACUAUUUUCAGUGGUUGUUUUCUGCAUAAAGGAACUACCAACAAAUUUAAAAAUACUCUUAAAUCUUUCUGUUUCACCAAAUUAUUUUUUUUAAUACGGUGCUAACUUCAUCAUUUAGGUCAGUAUAAUAUACAAAAUGUGAAACAUAAUGGUAACAGUUAAGCGAAAGCAAAAAAAAAUCCCCCAAAAACCCAAAACAAACUAACAAACCCAAAACAAACAAACAAACCACAACACAAACACAAUAGCUUAAGAGACCUCAAAAGCAUGAACUGGCAAACACUACUGUGUAAAAUUUUACCUGAUGAACAGAAUUAAAUUAAGCACAUGCUUCUUUAAAAUACAGGUUUUAUAUAAUUGGGCCUUACGUUUUGUUUGGCAACUAUUGAAAAUACAUCUGUGAACAUGCUGUUAAACUCCUGAAAUUUACAAAAUGAAAGCUCAUUCCUAAAUUACAGGAAAGCAAAAAGGGUAGGUUUGCUAUCUUGUGAAGCUUUUUUGGCUCCUGUGAAGUUGGGACGUAUUUGUGCAGUAGCUUUAUUAAAUACACUAGUUCUUAAUAUUGUGACAGUCUGCAAUAAGAAUUAAUUUCAUUAAAUACAAAUUUGCAGUAUAAACCCCACCUGCUCCACUGGAGCAGUUUCAGUUCAGUUGAGUACAUAAUUCGCCUCUUUGUCCUAAAACUGCCUAAAUAAAGAGGUAGAAGGUGGGAGAUGUUUGUUUCCAUGUUUCUCUCCUUGAAGCAACAAGAGAACUUUUGGUUCCGGUAAGGGAAAGUGUAUGUCUGUGUCUAGGGAAGGUAGUCUAUAUGUUUACCCACUUAAAAACAUGUUGGUGUUUCUGAUACUGUUUUUUUUCCUAAAUGUUUGUUUUGAGUAAUUAAAUGAAAAAAAAAAAAAGUGUUUUGAUAAAUUAAGUUUGAGACAUGCAAAAUCCAAGAAAUGUACAGUUAUUCUUAACCCUUUAUCUUGGACCUGUGCUGUGGUGCCUUUGGUGUGACUUUUUCCAUGGAAGUAUGAGUUGAGGAUAGCAGGAUAUGGGUACUGAUUUUAUAUUUCUUGAAUUUCUCUGUGUCACAAUCUUAACAUUAUUUAAAUCUAGUUCUUUGUAUUUGUAAAUGUAUUCAAAUGGUUUGAGUUUACCAAAGAGUGACUUAUCCAAAAUUGUCUCUGACAAACACAAACAAAAAACCAACAUCACUUUGAUUGUACAGGUUCAGGUUCAAAACAUUGCAACGUGACUGUUAAGGGGCAGGAAAUGAUGACUUUUUCUAAAAAAUCAUGAUUCAGCAGUUUGUAAAUUCUGCUUGCUCCUCUUUGUGUCGAUACGCCAUUUACCCUUUCCACUGCUAGCAGUGUUAAUAAUUAUCAAGCCAUAACACAGUACUGUAAAGUUCAGCAGUGCUUCAAAGGAUGCAUACGUAGGUGAGCAUAAAACAUCAUCAAGCAUUACAUUUACACUUACAAAGUGUGUGACUCUGGUAGAAAACGAACUUCAAACCUGGCAACAGCAAUUAAAUUGUGCCUUGUCACAUAAUGGUAUGCCAGGAUUAACAUUCUCAUGAAACAUGAAGCAUUAUCUGAUUGAAGUUCAUUUCACAAGUCCACCAAAACAGAGUAUGCUGUGUUAUUUUAAGUGAAUUAACAGAAGUACUGUACAGUGUCUUUUGUCUCUGUACAGUUUUAAGUUAGCACAGAGCUGUUACACAUUUCAUGUACAAUAAAUGCAGAAGUCAAUAAAAUAUGUGAAGAAAUAUUUGACAGCAAAAUAAAUCAUGAAAUUAUAUAGGCUGGUUCAUAAUUGAGUCUCUUCUUAAUCUACCUUUUUAAUUAUAGACAAAUGUGAAAACAGUGACAGUGUCCUUUCCUCUAGAUGUUUAACCUGUUAUGACAAACUGUGAAAAUAGAGGAUUUUAUACCUUUGCUAAUGUUUGUGGUUUUAAACAGUUAUUUUAGUUUUCUUAAUCAGUUAUCUUCCAUAUUAUUUCUUUUAAACUUGUAAAUACAUUUAGAAAAUAGCUUUGUAAAUACAGUAUAUUAAGAGUUCAGUUUGGUCAAUAAGGCCUCAAGUUUGGCUCUGCUUUUUUAGUGUGAAAUCUUUCAAUAGCCUAAAGGAUACUGUCAAUUCACUGUUCAGCAGAAUAUACUGUAGGCCUAAAUUGAUAGUUCUUAAUGCAGUCUUCCCGAGCAUAAAUUCAUGGUUUAUGCUGAAGCCUUUGGUUUACUUUUAGACAAAACAAUAAGGCCUCUUAAUAUGUUUUGGCUGAGUUAUGGGAAGAAUAGCAGGAAUAAAAUCAAGGGCUGGGAAAAGAUUGAAUGAGCUUUACCUUUAAAUAUAUAUAUAUAUAUAUAUUAUUUGAAUUUUUGUAUUAGUUUACUGUGAUUCUUUUAUUGUCAUUUUUCUAAACAGGUUUCAUAUGAAACCAUUGAAAGGGACUCAAAUAUGCAACACCUAAUCUAUUUUCCAAGGGAAUUUUACCCUUGAAUGGUGCUUUUUGACUGGUCAGGGUUAUUUAUUAAAUUUUAUAUUUGAAAGUAUUUGGGGAAUUAUGUAAAUUCUUUAUAUGGAUCUGUUUAUUUCAUGAAUUGUAAAUUUCAUAAUACUCAGUGAUUAAAUUGGAAGUUUCGUAAAGUCAUUCAAAAUGUUCAGUUUAUAAUCUGUGUGCAUUUUACAUAUAUUUUAACAAGUGCCAGAAUAGUUGUAUUUAAUAUUGUAGAUUUAAUACUACUUGCACAUCCCUGUGACAGCAUUAACUUAAGUUACGCAAGUUUACAUGUAAAAAAAAAAAAAAAAAAAAAGCUAAACAAACAAGUAAGCCUGGGACACAUACACAUGUUCCUGUAUUUCUUCAGGGGAUGUGAAGCUAAGUAUCAGUAGCUGAGCAGGUUUGCUUCUAGUUUAUGCAAGUAACUCCUGCUAUGGUAGAUACCAUAAACUGCUGUCUCCCAUUUACAUAUGCUAUGAAUUCAGCCUUUGGGCUUGCGUUGCAAGCCUCUGGUUGUGUAUCUGAUUAGAGGUAGAGCUCUUGCACGAUUUUAACAGUGUUUCGUUUCUGACUGAAAAAUUGUAUUUUUAAAUAACUUUUAUUUGUAUGGUUGUUUUUCAUGAUAAAUAAUUGAACAGUUUGAAUGACUUGACUUGUUGUCAUUAUCUUGCAAUAUAAACCGGUAACCUCACAACUCCACACUUCAUCACCAUAUGAAGUAAAUGAAGCUAGCUAAGCUGAUGCUGUAACAAUUAAUAACUUGCCAUUAAGGAUUAUUUUAUAGCAUGAAUUUUAAAAUAUUUAUUCAAAUGAUAUUUUACUCUUGUAUUCACUUUGUUUUUAGAUUUGUGACAUGAAUAUUUCAGUGCUGCUUUAUUUUGUUCUGAUGAAUUUGUUUCUUGCUUGUAAAUUGCUUUUUUUAUGGUAUAAAGUCAAUGGGAAUUGCUGUUUGUAAAUUAAAAUGCUUCUAGAGCAAA